AUGGGCAUUUUGAAGCAGGGUCAAAGCAUGAAGAGCAAUGUCGUUCCUCUUAGCGACGAUGGAAGCAACAGCCGUUAUCAAAACAAAAUCAAUCUGUCGUGUCCAGGAUCAAGAGGUGUAUCGUUUACGACCGCCAGAGGCAAAAUUUGGCUGAUCUUAGUCAUCAAUUUAUCAAUCAUCAUCAUGUUUAUUUUCGUGAGCUCCUCCUGCUUGUUGUUUUUGAAUAGAGACAUUGUAGUCAAUUACUCACAAGAGCAAGAGAAGCAGCCUGUGACUCCGACAAAUAAGCUUGAUAAAAAGAGAAUCGCACAAGUGGCUACACAAAUCUUGAUCUGGUAG